AUGUCUUCUCUCACCAUCGGCGUGCUGGCUCUACAGGGUGGCUUCCACGAGCAUGUCGAACUUGUACGGAAGGCCGCCGUCUACCUCGCUACGGCCGAGUCUUCGGCGCCAAACCCGAGACCCGAGAUCACUGCCAUCGAGGUCCGUACCGAGGCAGAGCUCCGAAGCUGCGAUGCUCUCAUCAUUCCGGGCGGAGAGAGCACCACAAUCUCCUUCAUCGCGGCGCAGUCCGGGUUGAUGGAACCCCUCAAGGAAUUCGUCAAAGUCGACCGUAAGCCAGUCUGGGGAACCUGCGCCGGCGCUAUCCUCCUUGCUGAUGAGGCAAAUGCCACCAAGAAGGGCGGCCAAGAGCUCAUCGGCGGCCUGGGCGUGCGCGUCCACCGCAACCACUUUGGUCGCCAAAUCGAGAGCUUCGUCGCGGAUCUAGACCUGCCCUUCCUGACGCAGGGCGACGGCAACACGAAAACGGCGUCGUCCCCUUACCCUGGCGUCUUCAUCCGCGCCCCAAUUGUUGAGGAGAUCCUCUCCACCGAGGCGGGCGACAGCGACAAGCCGGCCUCCUCGGCUGUCGAGGUCCUUGCCGUUCUUCCGGGGCGAAAGACCAAGGCCGCUGAGGGCGUCAGCCAGAGCACCGCGGACGACUCGGUCGGUGACAUUGUCGCUGUGAGGCAGCAGAACAUCUUUGCCACGAGUUUCCACCCCGAGCUUACUGACGACGUCCGCAUUCACGUUUGGUGGUUGGAGCAGGUGAUGAAGGCUGCGACACCGACAUCAUCCGCAUGA